AUGGCGACUCAAAUACGUAAUAAAGGAAUAACACUGGAGGAAUGGGAAUCAAAAACCCAACUUACAGAAAUACAAAAACAGAGUGUGCUGGAGCUUCAAGAAGCUUGUGCAGAAUUACCAUUGCCUGACGGUUUUCUAAACGAUCUCGGUCCAGGAACACCUCAACAUACAUCAUCGCCAACUCCAAUGGCCAUUAAAGACGGCCAUAGAUCAUCGCCAUAUCCUGGUUCUAUGCCAUCCCUAUUUUCCCUCCCAAGGUCACGAUCCACAGCUAAUCUUUUAACUUCAGAAUCUCAAGCAGCAGAAGCUGCCAUUGUCUCAUCAUCACCCUAUGCUGUCCUUGGAAUACCACAACCAAUUGAGACUACACAGCAAUUUUUUGAUUGGUUUGCAAGAAUGGAAAAUGAUAUGGAAAAAGAUCAAGAGGAUGUCUAUAGGAAUUUUCUUGAAAUGGUUACUUUAUAUCGACAAGCAUGUGAUACUUUCCUAGAACAAAUAGAUACAACAGUCAAAUUAUUUAAUGAUUUGGAUGGUAAUUUCAAAUUUGUAGAAGAAAGAACAAAAGCUUUACAGACAGCUUGUGAAAAGUUAUUGGAAGAACAGAAUAAUCUUACAUCAUUAGCAGAUGCAAUAUCUUCAAAACUUUCUUAUUACAAUGAGCUGGAAGCUAUUACUAAAUUAUUCAAUUCCCCCGGUGAAAAUAUUUGUGAGCAGCCAGAAUUUAUUCCAGUUUUGGCAAAGCUAGACGAAUGUUUAGACUAUAUGCAGAGUAAUUUAAGAUACAGAGAUUCCGAGCUCUACCUUAUGCGGUUCAGACAAUGCAUGACUCGCGGAAUAACUUUGAUAAAAAUGUAUUUUAUUAACACAAUUAAAGGUCUUGGUAUUGAAAUCAGCAAAAAGACAAACCAGUCAAUAAAUUCUACAGUGCAAACUGCCCUGUUUUAUGUGAAGUUCCGUGCAGUAGCACCAAAGCUGAAAGAAUUAGUGCAUGAGGUGGAAAAACGAUGUCCUGCACAUCGAGAAUAUAAUUCUUUAUUAAAUGACUGCUACAAUGCGUACUUUUCUGUACGACAACAGUUACUCAUUCCUGUGAUAUAUGCAAAGAUUUUGGAACUUGGUUCUGACGGGCAAGAUAUCUUGACAUUUGCCCGGAACGGGUACGCAUAUAUGCUGAACCUUUGUUCAGAUGAAUAUUCAUUAUUUUAUAAUUUUUUCUCGACGGGUGAAGACGACUUAUAUGGAAACUUGGAUCUGUUGUGCAGUUAUAUGUACGAUUAUCUUCGUCCCCGUAUUAUUCAUGAAACGAAUAUUGAAGUUUUAUCAGAACUUUGUACAAUUCUACAAGUGCAUCUUAACCAAGAUCCUGAAACAAUUGAAGACAAUCUUACACAAUAUAAUGGACAAAUAGAGAAGGAUGGACAAGGAUUGCAAUUCAGUCACUUAAUACGUAAUGUGCUUCAGGAUGCACAACAACGACUUGUUUUUCGUGUUCAAACAUAUAUUCGAAGCGAAAUACAAAAUUUUAUCCCAAAGCCGUCAGAUGUGGACUAUCCCACUAAACUAAAAGAGUCGAAUACUACACCGUCAUCCAACGGCAUCCCUGAGCCAACUGAAAUUCAACGACCAACUUCGUCUCCUGCUAUACUGGCGGUUCAACAAGAUAACGGUGAUAUCGAAUCUAUGAUAACAAUAUCAUCAGCAUCAUCAAUGAACGCUAUUGAUGCUGGAGAAUUAUAUCGUGGAUGGUUCCCCACAUUACAACGCACCUUAUGGGUACUUUCAAAACUUUAUCGGUGUGUUAAUCCAAAAAUAUUUGAUGACAUUGCUCAAGAUGUUGUUGAUCUAUGUUUGCAAUCGCUGUUGACUACAAGUGAAAUAGUAGCAAAGGAGAGCAGACUUGAUGGACAACUUUUCUUAAUAAAGCACCUCUUAAUACUUAAGGAUCAAAUAGCCUCAUUUGACACACAAUUUGUACAUGAAGAAAAGGAUUUGGAUUUUUCACAAAUAACAA